AUGGUGUCAGCGUCCUGUGACCCAUUUCCUUCCUGAAUUGUAGUGUUAGCUGCAGUUAAAAAGCAUUUCUACACAAAUGCGUAUGCAUGUGUGUGUUCAACAUGCGCGUACGUGCGCUACUGCUGUUGUGUGCUGUCAUCACAGGAAGUGUACUGUCAUCGCCAUUGAAUGCCUCCAAUGUGGUCAGCGCACUGCAAGGACGCGAAGCAGUCCUGGGCUGCUCCUUCACUCAUCCCAAACAGAAGCACAAUGUCGACAGCAUCAAGGUGACCUGGACCGCCAGAUCCCCCAACGUGACUCCAUUUUUCCAGUGCGAAGGAAAGAAUGACACGUCAACUGUGCCCAUCGACUGUUUGGGCUUGGAUCGCUUCUCGUUUAACUACGACCUCCGCCGAGGCAAGUUCUCGCUCCUUAUCAGAGGUGUCGAGAUGAAGGACGAUGGCGUUUACUUCUGCCAUGUGGCACUGGACAAGGGACAGCCACAGAUCAGCGAGGUGACUCUGGAAGUACAAGUGAAGCCGUCAAUCCUGAGCCUGUCAUUGGUCAACGGCAGCUCCAGCGGCCCCCAGAGGCUGCAGUGCGUGGCGGAGGGCAAACCGCCGCCCGGCAUCACAUGGCUGUCGGCCUCCGGGGUCCCCUUAGCAUCGGCGUUGCUGGCGCAGGUGCGGGACGCAACGGCGGGUCUGAACCGAAGCAGCUCCGUCCCGUACGACGAGCAACUGGGUGAGCUCACCUGCCGGGCGGAAAGUGUGCUGGGGCGGGUCGAGCGGACGUACCCGCCUGCGAAGGGGACCGCCAGCGCGGCCCUGAUAUGGGGCGGCAUGGCCGGGGGGCUGCUGCUGUUGCUCGUCUGUGGUGCUGCCAUCCAUCGACUCAGGCUCCAAGAUACAGCCCCCCUACAUUCCUCCCAUAACGCCCAUGUCGGCACCGAUGAAGUCCAGACUGUUUAUGCCGAUGUCGUUCUUCCCGAGGCCCGUGAGUGUCAUCGAUGGAUAACAGGUGUCAAACUCAAGGCCCGGGGGCCAGAACCAGCCCGCCACAUAAUCACACAAAACAGGGCCAAGCGGUUUUGUACUCGACUGUGAAACUCCAUUAGUCAUCUUCAAGUCUUUCAUCACCCAAGACGUUAUCUCCAAGCGUCACUGGAGGCGGAGUCUCAAUAAAAACCUUGCUUCUCGGGGUUUGAAUUUAUUUUUUAUUUUUGUCAUCCCACUGUCGCGGCACUCAGAUGACACGUCUUUGUGACGGCAAGUACUUUGUGACCUCUGCGUGACUUCUGCACCGGCUCAGACUUUCAUUUACAACGUCCACUUACUCAAAUGCCGUGAAAGAACCUGCUGCUUAUUUCAAUUCCUGUUGGUGACAUUUUGUAGUGGAACUGGUGCAUUGCUGCCUUUGGAGUGCAUUUCUUUUUUUUUCUUCCCCCAAUAAUCUUUGUUUUUCUGUAGUGUUUUGAAGCUUUUGUGCAGUCUUUUUGUUGUAUUUUUUUCAUUGUUAUUGUCAUUUUUAAUCUUUAUCGUCAUUUCUGGUCUUUGUUGGAUACUUUAGUCAUGUUGGAGUUUGCUUAUCCUCAUGAGGGACGUGGGCAUCAUGGAGCUAAAUUCAAAUAGUCAUUUGCACUUACAACAAUCUUGCAAACACAUUCAUUGCUGGCGGCACGGUGGCUGAGCUGGUAAAGCGUUGGCCUCACAGUUCUGAGGUUCAAUCCCGGACCCGGCUGUGUGGAGUUUGCAUGUUCUCUCCGUGCCUGCGUGGGCUUCCUCUGGGCACUCCGGUUUCCUCCCACAUCCCAAAAAAACGUCCAACAUUAAUUGGACACUCUAAAAUUGCCCCUAGGUGUGAUUGUGAGUACGGCUGUUUGUCCCCAUGUGCCCUGCAAUUGGCUGGCAACCAGUUCAGGGUCUACCCCGCCUCCUGCCCGUUGACAGCUGGGAUAGGCUCCAGCACUCCCUGCGACCCUUGUGAGGAUAAGCGGCCAAGAAAAUGGAUGGAUGGACAUUCAUUGCUGUCAUUUCAUUAUCAAAUGUGGAAGGUGAAAAAACAAUCCCAUACUCUGCUCUUAUUCUCCAGAUUAUCAUUACCCUAGCUAACAUCUUCAUAUAUUAUUUCUUAUAUCGAUUCUAUGAAGUCUGUUGUAUGAAGUUUGGAGGGGGUAUUUUGAAUCCACUGUAUUAAUAAUCUUUGCCACACCCUCAUAUUUCCCAGCAUUUGAUAUUUUCUUUUUAGUCACUCCUCACCCGGACUACAUCUAGAUAACUCAUGUAAAACUAAAUUAUUUUGGAAGUAAUGAAGCAUUUUCAAAUUUUAAACAAUAAAAUAAAGAUAGAAAUCUACUGUAGUGU